GCGGUUCGCGGGCUUAUCCACCGAUCGCAGAAGGGAGGGAAGCGCCAGCGGUCAUGGCGUCGACGCUACUCUCAAUUCCCUCCGCGAACCGAAUUUCGGCUGUUCCUUCUUCUUCUUCCUGUGUCCGCGGAUGCCGCCGACAAUGCCUACCUGAUCGCGUCUACCUCCGGUUCCCGUGCGUUUCUUCUCGAGCCCCUUCCUCCAACGCUGUUGCAGACAUGCAGGUUUCUUCAUCAAUACCUACAAGUUCAUUGUUUCUUCAUGUUACAAAGCAGCUGCAGAAAGCUGUUUCUGUGGCUGCUAUUGUUGUACAAAUUUUAUCUCCAUUGCCCUUGGGUAGCUCAGGAGCAUCGCUCAUACCUAAUGCAGACGCAGUAUUAUAUUCACCUGACACCAAAGUACCGAGGACUGCAGAACUGGCCCUGAGGAAGGCCAUUCCAGCAAAUUCAGCUAUGAAAUCCAUUCAGGAACCACUGGAGAAUAUCUCAUACCUGUUAAGGAUCCCACAAAGAAAACCUUAUGGUACAAUGGAAGGAGAUGUGAAAAAGGCUUUGAAGGCCGCGUCUAAUGAGAAGGAAUCUAUCUUAAACAGCUUGCCAGCAGAUCAGAAAGAAAGAGGAUUAGCUGUGUAUGCUUCAUUGAUGGAUGGGAAGGGUGGACUACAAGACCUAAUUCAAUCUAUUAAAGAGAAUGAUCCAGAUAAAAUAUCUGUAAACCUGUCAUCAUCUCUGGAUAUGGUUGCGGAACUGGAGUUGCUUCAAGCUCCAGGAUUAUCAUUUUUAUUACCUGACCAGUAUCUAAAUUAUCCAAGGCUUACAGGAAGAGGGAUGGUUGAAUUCAUUCUUGAGAAAGGUGAUGAUUCAAAAUUUUCUACUGCUGCCGGUGGGGAACAAAAAGGUGUUGCAACCAUUCAGGUUGCUCUUGAUGGAUAUUCAGCUCCUUUGACUGCUGGAAAUUUUGCAAAAUUGGUCUUAGAUGGAGCAUAUGAUGGGAUCAAGUUGAAAUCUGUCAACCAAGCUGUCAUAUCCGACAAUGAGCGUGCUAAUUAUGGUUUUAGUGCUCCCUUGGAAAUAAUGCCAUCUGGUCAGUUUGAACCACUGUACAGGACAAUGCUGGAUGUCCAGGAUGGAGAAUUGCCAAUUCUACCAUUAUCUGUUUAUGGGGCAAUUGCAAUGGCACAUAGUCCAGAUUCUGAUGAGUACUCAUCAGCAUCCCAAUUCUUUAUUUAUCUCUAUGACAGGAGAAGUGCUGGCCUUGGUGGUUUGUCCUUUGAUGAAGGGCAAUUUUCUGUAUUUGGGUACGUAACUGCAGGCAGAGAAAUACUUUCACAACUUAAAACAGGGGAUAUGAUUCGAUCUGCAAAGCUACUUCAGGGUCAAGACCGCCUUAUUUUGCCAGUCUCUAGUAACUGAUACACUGCCGGGCUUCAAUUGUUCAAAAUGUGCCCUUAGUGUUUCAGGCUUCUGCUUUAGAACUUAGAAGUAUUUCAUGUAAAUGAAAUUUGUCCAUAAUGAAUUCACAAGAACAAAGAUAAAUGAGAAGCAAUUGUUGCCAUUUCUCCUGGAGCAAUUGGAUCAGUCAAUCCCAAGGAUUAAAUGGGGAAGGAGGUGAAUGGCCGGGGUCAGUGAGAUGAAGCUUGUGUGCAUAUCUUUGUCUUCUUCUCUGUAUUUACAGCAUCGGCCAACUGAACAAUCUUGAGGCAAAAACUUGCAGUUCUGAUAAUUCUUUUCUUGGAAAUUCCAUUUGGUUGGGGAUGGUUUAUUUGAGAGUCAAUGUAUUUCACAUAUUUCUUUUAUUGACGAUAACUUUAGGGACUUUGUCUCUUUGUUUCGGAUAUCUUGGUUAGACCUUUUACGUCUGUUCUAAGGUGUGAAGAAACCCUCGUGUGUGUGUGGGUGUGUAUGUGUAUGUUUCUGGUUAUUCCUAAACAUCAAACAAAUGAGGCCUUUGAGACUGAGUGAAGAACUAAAUGCUUGAUACUGGA